AUGUCAAAGAAAAAAGGACUGAGUGCAGAAGAAAAGAGGACGCGCAUGAUGGAAAUAUUUUUUGAGACGAAAGAUGUAUUUCAACUAAAGGAUAUGGAGAAGAUUGCUCCUAAAGAGAAAGGCAUUACUGCAAUGUCAGUAAAAGAAGUCCUUCAGAAUAACAUAUUUGCAAUAAAGUCUUGGGCAAAAAGAAAGUUUGGAUUUGAAGAAAAUAAAAUUGAUAAAAACUUUGGAAUUCCAGAAGACUUUGACUACCUAGACUAA